AUGACUCCAAACGAAAGGGCUGGGCGUACACCCGCCUGGGCGCUUUACAACUGGGAAACGCUGGUUGCAUUUUCCUUCAUGAUACCGCCUUUAGUCAAAGAGCCUCCGGACUGGCCAUUGCCUGACCCGGCAAAAGAGGGUGGGUGGUAUGGCGAAAUCUGGCUUCAGUACCCACUGGUUCCAGACCUCCAACCGACUCAUUUUGGUCACAUCUUUCGGACGAGGGCCAAGUUUAGAGUUAUCAUGAAUGAGUACUGCGACGCGGCAUUUUCUCCGAAUGGAGUUAUUACUCUCGAUAAAGCCAAUGGGCUUCAUGAGAAACUGAGAAGGUGGUAUAGUGACAUGCCAGAGCCACUUAACCCCAAGACAAUUGCCCUCCCAGGUCACUUCCAACUGCACAUUUACUACUACCAUUUGCUACUUAUGAUCUACGAACCUUUGCUUGCCGCCAGUAAAGAUCUCGACCCGACACUACAAAAAGUCGUUGCCGACGCGAAGAAAUAUCUCCAAACCUUGAUCCGCCUCUACUAUCUCCGGCACGGCUACGAAGCUAUGGACCUAUUCCUCGUGAUACCCCUCAUGCUCACCGGAUACGACUGCAUCAGCGCGAUAUUGGAAGAGAAGUCUGGACAUCAGAUCGAAAUCCUGCGGUCUACGCUCAUUUUAGUUGCGAAGGGGCUGCAGAACCAGCGUCGGAAUCACUACUUGGCUGAAGCGCUAUUCCGAGUUAUCAGGGGACGGAUGCGUCCGCAAGAAGUGGCCUUGUUGAAAAGUUCGAUGACUUUUGACGACGAGCAAGAGAUGGAGAAGCACGAUAUGGUGCAGGCAGUGCGCAGCCACUGGCCAGUCAGCAUUGUCAAGAAGCAGGAGGAAGUGGAUGAUCACAUUCUGACACAUCUUGUUGAGAGUUACGGUUCGUUGAAUGUGGAGGAGACGUCACAGUGA